GGAGCUCUGAUCCAACUCUCUUCUCUCCACUCCCUUUGUGCUCUUCAGUUACACUUACACGUACUGCUCUUCUCCUUCUUGUUGAGGCAGUUAACUAGGAGAAGAGGACCAGCAGUGGAGUUGAGUUCAGCUGAGCAAUGGAGGUUGAGGCUUGCUACAACUAUGGCUUCCUCCCUGCAGGCAGCAGGCACCAACCACCAUAUGGACAUGGGCCCCCUCCUCCCCAUCCUACUGCAGAAGAUGGUGAGCUUUGGGAUUACUUCCCUUGCCCUUUUUGUUACAUCGAGGUUGAGGUGCCCUUCAUCUGCAACCACCUUCAGGAGGAGCAUUGCUUUGACACCAAAAAUGCUGUUUGCCCAAUCUGCGCCAACAAUCUAGGGAAAGACAUGGCAGCACAUCUCAGAGUUCAACACGCGCAUCUUCUCAAGAGGAGGAAGCCUUCCAGACCAAGCUCAUGGUCUGCAGCUGCUAACAACUCGGCAUUUGGGAAGGGAACCACAUAUGAAGUGAACUCUUACUUUGAAGAGCCCCAACAGCAACACUACAGGAUGAGCAGCAACAGGCCAUACCAAGAUCCUGCACCUGACCCACUGCUCUCCCAGUUCAUCUGCGGCGUCACGGAAACCGACGACGACGCUACUUCGGUUGAUGCAAAUACUGAGAAUGGUAUUGCAGCGAUCCCAGAUGAUGAGAGGUCGAGCAAGGCAUCGGAUUCGAAGCUGGGGCUGGAGGAGAGGUUGCAGAGGAUCGAGUUUCUCACGGAGAUACUCAUGUCAAUCAUUCUUUAAUGUGUUACCUAGGGUUUGCUUAGGCAUCUUGAGCAAGUUGUGGGUGCAGAUGUAUCACUGUCACGUACGCAAAGCAGUUUCCUGCCUCGCAUAAAUACGAUAGCCUUGGCUCUCAUAUAUGAAUGU